AGAAGAUCCAGCAUGGGAGUCCAAGGCCUGAUGUCCCUGAUCAAAGACAAAGACCCGAAGGUCUACCUGGACCUGAAGUUCAGGCAGAGCCAGCUGGUGAUAGACGGACAGAACCUGACCUACCUGCUGUACUUCAGAUCAGGUCUGGACCGGAUUCAUGGUGGGGAGUAUGCUGCGUUUGAGGAACUGGUUGAGAGGUUCAUCAAGACUCUCAGAGACUGUGGGGUCUCGCCGUACAUGGUGCUGGACGGGGGCGCAGACGUCACGCUCAAGAAGGAUGAAACUCAGGGAUUAAGAGUCAAGCAGCGGAUUGAGAUGGCCCACAGGGCGGCAGCAGAGAACAAGCAGGAGGAUGUUCUGCCAGAGAUGGCCAAGCUUGUGUUCAAACAGACUCUGGCCAGGCUCAAAGUCCCGGUGGCUCAGUGCUACGGAGACGCUGACCGGGAGACCGCCGCCCUGGCCAAAGAACUGAAGUGCCCGGUGCUUUCCAACGACAGCGACUUCUUCAUCUUCGACCUCCCGGACGGCAUGCUGCCCACCUCUCACUUCCAGUGGGAGGCUGUGAGGGGGACCGGCUCGCAGAGCUUCAUCCCCUGUAAGCUCUACCGCUACUCCUCCUUCUGCAAAGUCUUUAAAGUCCAGCCCACGCUCCUACCAGCCUUCGCCAUCCUGGCUGGGAAUGACUAUGUGAAGCUUGAAAGGAUGGAGACCCCCAUUAACUGGAUUCAGUUUGCUCAAGGAGUCAAAGGGACAGCGCCACACCGCCUGCUGGGGCUGCUCUGCUGGCUGAGGCCCUUCUUGCAGCCCGAGGCCGCCUUCGAGGCGGCGUUAGGGUUGAUGGGAGGGAUGAGUAUGGAGAGACAAGUGGAGGUGAAGGAGUACCUGAAUCGAGGGAUGGAGGAGUACCAGCUCCCACCAGACUCCCUGAAGAGGUUCUUCGUCCACGGGGUGACACCUCCGUUUCCAGAGACGACUUGUCGUGUCCCAGACUGGAUCUUGCUGCCUCUGAUGAGGGCUCAGCUGACUUCGGACUUCCUUGAAGUGCUGCAACUGCAUCGCUUCCCCCUCAGUACCCCAGUGGGCCGCGCAGACAUGCCCAGCGCCAACCUGACCUCCAGGCCCAUCCGCCAGGUGAUGUACAGGCUGCUGCUGGGCGGAGGAGAGGAGCUGCGGGUGCAGGAGAUGGACAGAGAAGGCUUCGAGCUGAAGUCCUUCCCAGUUCAACCUGCAGCCGGCGGCGUCGCUCAGAAGCUGCAGCUGGACUCUCUGGACCAGGUGGAGCCGUCUGUUCGCCUGCAGGUGCUGCUGGAGACUCUGGGGGUGCCCGAGGACUCUCUGAGGGAGCUGCAGCCUCACCUGCGCCUCCUGGUGGCCGUCACCUGCUUCUGGCUGCAGAGAGCCGAGCCUGCUCCGGACGGGAUGCUGCUGAAGGCGCUGCUGCUGGGAGUGAGUCACAGAGACUCUCUGAGACAAAGACCAGCUUCAGAGAAACCGAAGCUGGAUGUUCACGUCUCUCACGCCUUCAACCAAUGGCAGAGCUGCCUGAAGCGAGGCGUUCAACUGAACCAGCUGCUGGGCCUCCCCUUACCUGAGCCACAGAUCGCACGGUGUUACGAGGGGACUCUGGUGCACAGGCUGGUCCACCUGAUGAGGACGGACCAGAAGCUGGAAACUUCCAGCGACAGAGAGUACCACAGCAUGCUCGCUGUCGCCCAACGGUUUCAGUCCACGCUAACGAGACCUCCAAGACAGAAACCAGAUUGUCUGAAGGACCCGAUGUCCACCCCGGAGGACUGUAAGAGGAGGAGGAGGUGAGCAGAGCUCACCAGGAUCUUUUAUUAGUAAUUAGGACCUGAGCACCGACAAGGUCGGCGAACGCUCUAUUGGAACCUAAGGAUUUUUAUUCUUUCUACAUACAGAUAUAAAUGACCUUUUUGGAGCUUUCAACAUGCCCGUAAAAACUCACCAAAGUUUCACACGCAUUAGGAUUGGCGAAAAUUCGGAUGUUGGUGGUCCCGUGCAAAAAGUUACAAAAAUGACUCAAUAGCGCCCCCUUCCUUCAAACGCGACACUUACUAAACACGGUUCAGCCUACAUGCAUGAAUUUGUUUCCUUAUCUAUCAGGCCAAGACUUAAAACAAGAUUCCUAAUGUCAUGGUCAAAUCCCAGCAGGAAGUCGGCCAUCUUUUUUUUUCAGUUUUUCACCCGAAUCGCACGGGUACGUAUUUAUGAGAUCUCGCCCUCGGCCUUUCCUCCUAUCCAGUCCAAACCACGCACAUUUAGUAGUAAACACUUUGAUGAUUCAAAGUUAUCAAAAGAGAAUCCAGAUAUCGAUGGAUGUGGGCGUGGCAGAGGGGCAGAGUUGGAGGUCAUGUUGGCAAUCUGCCAAAACAUUGAAGCAUGAAUAACUCUCACAGGCAGCGUUUGAGAAGAACCAAAUCACUCGUGCAUUCCAAGUGUGCCAGUCCGAACUCAUCUAUGUGCAAAUAUUCAGCUACAUCUUAUAGCGCCCCCUACUGGCAACAGGAAAUCCCAAGUCCUAGGGUUUUUGUCCGAUCAACUCCAAACAACGCACAUUCUAUAGGUCACACAUUGAAAAUGAAAAGUUAUCAAAGGGAAUUUUCUUCGUCCAAAUUUGUGGGCGUGGCAGAGGGUUCAAAAUGGUGCCGAAGUAAGGAUGCAUAUUUUAAAAACUAGUCCUGGUUUUUUCUCUGAUGAAGGCCUAACGAUGCUCGAGAUGAAGUAGACACAUUAAUGAGGAACUGUUAUCAAAAGAAUAAUAAUAAUGGAAACAAGCGGUAUUUACUCAGAACAUUGAUCCCAACUCUUUCUAUAAUGAUCUGUGAUGAACAAUCCUUCAGAACAUAAUCAAAGUCACAGCACCGCCUACUGGUGACAGGCAGUACUGCAAUAUACACUAUGCUGAUGACUGCAUGAGUAUGCUCACACGCCUCAUAAAGUGUAGCACAGCAACACCUGCUGCACAUCAGGCGUUGGCGCACAUCAGGCGGUGGUUGCAGGGGUGCGAGGACCCGUUCGUCGCCGCUUGCGGCUUUAAUUUACCCUCUUUUAGCUCAGGGUUUGGUCUUCACCAGGGUCCUAAUAUCUGUCCCUACAGCUCCUAAAUGCUCCUCUUUUUCACCACUAAGCAUCCAUCCUCCUCACUUUAAGGUCUACGUUUUCAGACUUUUCAUCACAGCCUUCUUCUAGCUGUUUUUAUAACCCGCUCAACUUUCUCUCGUUUCCUGAAUCAGACGUUCAAACCGAACAUUUCAUCUUAGAGAGGCCGACGUGUUUUUAGGAGUCUGCUUGUAAAGAUGCUCUCCAGAGAUCAGCGUCCUGAAGCCUGAAAUGUUGAUUCAACCUGUAACAGUCUGAAGAAUCAGACUCAUAACAUCUAAUACACAUAAACAUACGGCCACGCAAAAACUGCAGUUCCUCAAGUGACCACUUGGAGCUGUCUCAAAGCGAGUCCAUCCCAUAGAUAUCGUCAAACAUUGACGUAGUCUCCGUGACGUCACCCGUCUGUUUCUGAAGCAGAGAUUUGAAGCUGAUCAUCAAACAGGCCACGCCCCUAAUCAGAAAAACUCGUGAUCUUAAUAUCUUCAAAAAUAACGAGUUAUAAGAAAGUCUGAUUCUGAAAUGAGCUGAAGUGUUUUUGAACCCGUCUGUAAACAUGUUUAUUUUAAAGGUCGGCUCUUUGAAUGCGUGUGCAUGUGGCUGAUGGUGCGUUUGGAGUCAGCCUUUAGUGGACACUCGAGGAACUGCAGUUUAACACACUUUGUUCCUCUGCAGGGUGAACAGAUGUUAUAUUUAAAGGGACAUAACACACUUUGUUCCUCUGUAGGUUGAACAGAUGUUAUAUUUAAAGGGACAUAACACACUUUGUUCCUCUGUAGGUUGAACAGAUGUUAUAUUUAAAGGGACAUAACACACUUUGUUCCUCUGUAGGUUGAACAGAUGUUAUAUUUAAAGGGACAUAACACACUUUGUUCCUCUGCAGGUUGAACAGAUGUUAUAUUUAAAGGGACGUAACACACUUUGUUCCUCUGUAGGUUGAACAGAUGUUAUAUUUAAAGGGACAUAACACACUUUGUUCCUCUGCAGGUUGAACAGAUGUUAUAUUUAAAGGGACAUAACACACUUUGUUCCUCUGUAGGUUGAACAGAUGUUAUAUUUAAAGGGACAUAACACACUUUGUUCCUCUGUAGGUUGAACAGAUGUUAUAUUUAAAGGGACAUAACACACUUUGUUCCUCUGCAGGUUGAACAGAUGUUAUAUUUAAAGGGACAUAACACACUUUGUUCCUCUGCAGGUUGAACAGAUGUUAUAUUUAAAGGGAUGUAACACACUUUGUUCCUCUGCAGGUUGAACAGAUGUUAUAUUUAAAGGGACGUAACACACUGGAGUUAACGUCAGGGGGUUUCUGUUCAUUGCUUCAUGCAGGACGCUCUGAUUCAAAGGUUUCUAUUGGCUGCUUUGUUCUGAUGUCACUUCCUGUUCUGAUGUUUGUUGGGUUUUAUAUAUGGCAGCUCUUUUACUAAAGUCAUGUUUUAAAGUGUUUUUAUUCUUUUGUUGAAUUCUCUGAUGUGUGCUCUGUGUUGAGGUGUUCACAGAUAUUAAUAAGGAAAUGUAAUAAAGUGAUUUUUCUGAUUGUAAUAAACUCUACUUCUCUAAAUGUCUACGUGAA